AUGAACGAACGGAUAGAUUUCGACCUCAACGAGGCGCUGAAAUACUACCUGAGCGACCCCGCCUCAGUCCCGACACCAGAGGCGGAUUCACAGCUGCUGGACUGCGAAUUGGACCCGGACUCCUUGAAUCUGCCGCUGAUCGAUGAGAUACUGAAUCCUAUUGUGGACUCUGUGGCAGAAGAUCCCUCAAAUCUCGCAAGAAACUCGUUCUUUGAUUCCCUGCAGCUUCUCUUGAAGCUUACACCUGUCCUCCCUCCAAAGGCGCUUAGCAAGAUCCUAGAUCUAGUUGUUUCCGGUCUUGCCUCGCUCGCCGAUAUUGCACAUAAUGACCUCGAAGCCGAUGAACCCGAGGCUUUGUCCGAGCACAAGGACCUCUUGGAGCUGUACGCUUUUCUGUUACAAUGGGCACUAUCUUCCGUCGAAGCAAAGGUAGCCGAAAAGCCUCCUACAACGGGGCCGGGAAGACGAGGAGGUGGGAAGGCUGGACGAAAGCCCGCUAGGGACGAGUCGUGGGAUUCGUCUGCACAGAUACAGAUUGCUAUGGAGGUUAUGUGCAAGGUGCUGAAGCUGAAGCUAUCAAAGCUAUUCGUUACAACAUCGGACCGGGAUACCUUUGUGAAUCUGUUUACUCGAUCUAUAUACCUGAUCCUGGAGAGCGAGCAGAGGGUCAAAAGCAUGUCAAUACGGAUGCACGCAUUCAAGGUGCUCUGUAUUGCAGUGAAGCAUCAUGGGCAUGCUUUUGGGGCCCAGACAUCCAUUGUACAGAGUCUUACAUAUUUUGAGCAUCUUUCGGACCCGAUGGCUGAAUUUUUGCAUAUCCUGGCGGAGCAGUAUGACUAUCCUCAGCUCGCUGACGAGAUUCUAAGGGAGGUUGGAAAUAAGGAGUUCAAUCCAAACGAUACCAAGGGCCCGAGAUCAGUGUCCGCUUUUAUUGUGAAGUUGUCUGAGCUGGCUCCCCGGCUUGUCAUCAAGCAAAUGACCCUACUAGCCAAGCAGCUGGAUAGUGAAGCUUAUACCCUCCGCUGCGCCGUCAUCGAAGUAUGCGGAAAUCUGAUAUCUGACCUGAGUAAGCAAGAAGAACGAAGUGAAAACUUCCAAACACAGAUAAAUUCCUUCUUUGAUGUGCUGGAAGAACGCUUCCUUGACAUGAACCCCUACUGCCGCAGCCGUGUGAUACAAGUAUACAUGAAGAUUUGCGACCUCGACCAGAAGUUCCCCAAGAGACGGCAGACAGCAGCCAAGCUUGCAGCUCGAAGCUUGGAAGAUAAGAGCAGCAAUGUCCGAAGGAAUGCUAUAAAACUUCUAGGGAAGCUGGUGUCAACACACCCGUUCAGUGUUAUGCAUGGAGGCCAGCUGUCGUACAAAGAAUGGGAUGCUCGUUUACAGGCCGUAGAGGAGGAACUCAACGCGUUGAAGCCGCCACCAGAGACACCCGGAUUGGCAGAGAUGGGGAUUGAGAGCGCGCAGAUCGACAGCGAGCUGCUGGACGAUGCAACCCAGGUACCAGACGACUCUCCGUCGAAGGCUCCAAAGAUGACGGAAGAAGAAAAAGCGGCAGCUGUUCAGAAAGCGGCAGAGGAAGCAGCAACGUCAGAGAUGCUGGCACGGCUGCAGCUAACCCGGAAAUACUACCUCGAGGCCAUUCAGUUUAUCGAGGUGUUGCACAGCGCUUCAGAGACCGUCCUGCAGCUGCUGUCGUCUCGAAAUAAGAGCGAGGUGAUCGAGGCUAUGGACUUUUUUGUGAUGCUAGAUGCGUACAAGGUGGAAACCUCGCGAGCUGGGAUACGCAGGAUGCUACGGCUGAUAUGGAUGAAGGGUAACAGCGACGAAGGCAAGGGGGUUCAGAACCAUCUAAUCGAUUGCUACAAGGGGCUGUUCUUUGACGCGCCGGAUGCAUUCAGCCCGAAUGACACGGCCAACUACAUCGCCCGCAACAUGAUCAGUCUGACGUUUGGAGCGACGCCGGCAGAGCUCACCUCGCUCGAGCAGCUGCUUAGCACAAUGGUGAAGGCAGGGCACAUCUCAGAUCUGGUGAUCGGCAAGCUAUGGCAGGUGUAUGGAGUGCAGAAAAAGGAAAUAUCAAGAACACAGCGAAGAGGGGCGAUUAUCGUGCUGGGGAUGCUUGCGCUUGCAGACCCGGAGAUUGCAGUCAAGGAGAUCGAGAUUAUGCUCCGGAUCGGGCUGGGCAGCCUGGGACGGGCUGAUCUUGUGCUUGCCAAAUACACAUGCAUAGCCCUGAAACGGAUCAAGCCUGGACGGCAGGCGAUUGCAAAGGACGGGGCACACCCAAAGCUGGCCAACGACCACCCGGUGCUGAUCAAGCUGGCUGCGAUGAUGGAUAUUGUGUCUGACAGCAAGGAGUGGUAUGGGGUGGCGGAGCAAGCGAUAAGCGCGAUAUACACGCUGGCAAAGCACCCUGAUGUGCUGUGCUCGGAUAUACUACGGCGCAAGACACGGGCCGUCUUCCGGGCGAACAAUAACGCCCAGCAACGGAUGAUGUCGGACAGCGAGGGAGACCGUCCGUCCUCGGCGUCUUCGGCAUCGGCAGAGAGUGCAGUGACUGCAGCUACGACUCUGGCGGAAAACAACAACGCAGCCAGACAAAGGCCAGUGUUAUCGGGCUGUCUCAGCUGCUGA